AUGCACGCAGGAACAUCUGAGUUGGUGGCAUCGGCGGUAAUUAAAGCUGCAGAAGCGACUGGAAUGCCAGAUGGUGUCUUCUCGAACCUGAACAGUAAGGGAAUCGAAGUGGGAUCCAAAUUAGUUCAGCAUCCUGAAGUAAAAGGUGUUGGGUUUACAGGAAGUAUUCGUGGAGGUCGUGCAUUGCAUGAUUUGGCUGCGGCGCGUAAAGAACCAAUUCCAGUAUUUGCAGAAAUGGGAAGCGUAAACCCGGUUGUUUUGAUGCCGGAAUACCUAGAAAAGAAUGCUGGGGCAUUGGCAAAAACAUAUGCUGGUUCCAUUACAUUGGGAACAGGGCAGUUCUGUACAAAUCCAGGAUUGAUUCUUGGGUUGAAAAGCGAAGCACUUGAUCAGUUCUCACAGCAAUUGGGAGAUGAAAUCGUUCAGAUUGAUCCAAUGUGUAUGCUUCACCCUGCAAUUGAAAACAAUUUCACUUCUGGAAAGACAGCAAUGGUUGAGCAAGGUGUUCAAAUUCUAAAUGAGUUUACAGCUGAAAUUGAGCCCAACUAUGCACGUCAGAUGGUGGCAACAGUCGAUGGGAAAACGUUCUUGUCAAACAAUUCGCUUCACGAAGAAGUAUUCGGACCAUAUUCAUUGGUGAUCCAGUGUGAUGAUUUAAAUGAAUUGACGGAAAUCGUUUGGACAUUGGAAGGUCAGUUGACUGGAACGAUCAUGGCAGAAGCGAAUGAAAUUGGAGAAAACAAGCAAUUGAUUCGUGCGAUGCAAGAUCGUGUUGGUCGUUUGAUUUUUAAUGGAGUUCCAACAGGUGUUGAAGUAUGUCCAUCCAUGUUGCAUGGUGGUCCAUAUCCUGCAUCUACUGAUUCGCGAUUUACAGCGGUUGGAACAGAUUCAAUUAAACGUUGGGUGCGCCCGGUUUCGUAUCAGAACUGGCCAAAUGAGCAUUUACCAACUGAAUUGAAGAAUGAAAAUCCAUUGAAUAUUAGCCGUAAGGUGAACAACAUCGAUACGCGCGAAGCAAUUUAA